AGAAUCUUAUUCUAGAGAAUUCUAUUCUAUUCCAAUCUGAAUUGGAUUCCAUAAGAUAAGUAGAAGAAUAUAAAACUCUUUAUUUACUUUACCUUUUUCAUUAUAUAAAUAUCAUAAACAAAUACAUCUUUUUAUUUCAUAAAAAAAAAAAAUAAGAGGAGAAUUUUAAUUCAUUAUUGAAUUUCAAGAAUUGCAAAAAAUGGCUGAAGAAAAAUCAGUGAUGGUGGUUGGAAUAGAAGAUAAUCAACAUAGUUUUUAUGCAUUGGAAUGGACUUUGGAUCAUUUUUUUAAAAAUUAUAAUUAUAAUUCUAAUAAUAAUAAUAAUAAUAAUUCACUUUUUAAACUUGUUUUAGUUCAUGCUAAACCUACUCCUGCUUCUAUUAUUGGACUUGCUGCUGGUCCUGGUAAUGUGGAAGUUUUUUCAGCCAUAGAGAGUGAUUUAAAGAAAAUUGCUGCAAGGGUUACUGAGAAAGCUAUGGAAAUAUGCCAUGCAAAAUCUGUGAAUGAUGUUGUAGUUGAGGUUGUUGAAGGUGAUGCUAGGCAAGUACUUUGUGAUGUUGUGGAGAAACUUCAUGCUUCUAUUUUAGUUGUUGGUUGUCAUGGUUAUGGAGUUAUAAAGAGGACUGUUUUGGGUAGUGUAAGUGAUUAUUGUGCUCAUCAUGCCCACUGCAGUGUGAUGAUUGUGAAGAAGCCAAAGAUUAAAGCCUAAAUUGUUUUUAAUUAGU